GUAGUGUGCUAAAACUCUCCAAUCUCACGGAGUCGCCAUGGGAAGGGUCAUUCGUGCUCAGCGUAAGGGAGCGGGGUCCGUCUUCAGGUCCCAUACACAUCAUCGGAAGGGCCCAGCCAGGUUCCGAAGUCUCGAUUUCGGGGAACGAAAUGGUUAUUUGAAAGGAGUCGUCACUGAGAUCGUUCACGACCCAGGCCGUGGAGCGCCGCUUGCUCGAGUUUCCUUCCGCCAUCCUUUCAGAUACAAGAAACAGAAUGAACUGUUUGUUGCAGCGGAAGGUAUGUACACUGGCCAAUUUGUUUACUGCGGGAAGAAGGCAAAUCUUGUGGUCGGAAAUGUCCUGCCGAUAAGAUCGAUCCCUGAAGGUGCUGUUGUCUGCAACGUUGAACACCAUGUCGGUGACCGUGGUGUUUUUGCCAGGUGCUCGGGAGAUUACGCAAUUGUUAUCAGUCACAAUCCUGAUAACGACACUUCCAGGAUCAAGCUUCCAUCUGGAUCAAAGAAAAUAGUUCCAAGUGGGUGCCGAGCCAUGGUCGGGCAGGUUGCAGGUGGAGGUAGGACUGAGAAGCCCCUUCUUAAGGCUGGUAGUGCAUACCACAAAUUCAGAGUGAAGAGGAACAGCUGGCCUAAGGUUCGCGGUGUUGCGAUGAACCCGGUUGAGCAUCCUCACGGAGGAGGUAACCACCAACACAUUGGACAUGCCAGCACAGUCAGGCGGGAUGCACCGCCUGGUCAGAAGGUCGGUCUCAUUGCUGCAAGAAGAACUGGUAGACUCAGAGGACAAGCUGCAGCCACUGCCGCUAAAUCUGAUUAGGGAACCAACUUCGACAUUACUAUAAAUUAGGUUGUCAAUUCGUUUUUAGGCCAUUUCAUUUUUCUUCCCUCCAUCGGAAGAAUUAUUUAUUUAUUUAUUUAUUUAUUUAAAAGCUGUGAACGGUUU